CUUCUCUCCUCCUUUUCCUCGGAGAGGAGCAGCAGCGCGACAAGACGGGACGGACGACAGCACGGAGGCUGUCUUACCUUGGAUGUCCUUGGGAGAUUUUCUUCUUAUGUUCUUGUGGCCAAGAACCAAGCCUACUGAUGCACUGCGUGCAGCUACACGAACGAACGCAGGUGAGUGGCAGGUAUCGGAACGGCGUUUCCGUUCCAUCAGGAGGAUGAAGUCCGAGAGGAAGUCGGCUCCGCCGAGUGCUGGAUGCGAGGCUGGUCAUGAGGAGCUUGCGCGGGGUGUGGCCCUGUUUGCACGGGUUGUGCCGCGGGUGACUGGCGAUGGCGAGAGACGGUCGUUGGUAUUGGGCCCCCCUUGGGGAUGUUCUGCUGCGGCGGCGAAGUUCGGCGAGAUGUCGCGCGGUGCGCGGGUGUUGUACUCGGAGAGGAUGAGGAACUUUUCAGCUUGUCGACAGGGACUGAGGAAGGUUGCUGUGCCAGCGGUAGCGUGGCGACGUGAGGCGCUAGACAGUUGUCGUCUGAAGGACGAGUUGAUCGAGGAUGCUUCCUCUUGCCCGGCAGGGGAGACUUGCGGCUUGGUGCCGCCACCGGGAUACGGUAAGAGUGCGUUGAGGUGUUACUGGCCUAGGGGGCCUCGUGUCUGGAAGUCCUGUGUUUCUAGCGAGAGCGUGCGGGCGCUAGCCAGCUUGGCCUGGCAGGAGAAGAAGGCGGAAGCUUCUACUGCGACUCUGGAGGUGUGCCGGAUUGGCUACCCACAUGGCUGGACACUGUACGCGAUGGUGCGGGUGCAGGAACAGGAUGACUGUACCGUUCUUGUGCGACUGGAGGAGACGUUGGUGGAUGUUCAUGGCAGAUCGUGCACUAUACAUCCUCAUGAAGUGACAUUGGCCCCGCCGGGGUCAUAUGGAGGGGGACCUGGGAGUGGACCGGAGAACACGCCGUCCUGAUGGAGGACAGGUAGCAUGCCUGGUUGGCUGUAUGUCUGGCAGAGGCCAGUGGGACUUGUAACCAUAGACAGUAGUGUAACUGUGGAACAUUUGGCAGAGGUAUGUCUAGGACUGAUGCGGCUGUGUGUGAGCAUAGUGAUGCAUCGAAAUGAUAAGCGUGAGAAGUGGAAUGGGGAGUGGAACAAAUGUUGUGUCGUGAACGGAGUAAUCGAGAUAGAUACUA